CGCCUCCGGUGCGCCUCUUCGGAAGGAGCGCUCGCUUCCUUGGGUCCGGAGUCAAUCCGGAGCGGCGCUGGGGGGAAGAGGCGCCGGAGAUGCGCUGCUCCUGGAGAGAGACGGAGUCAUCCCCUCUUGAGUGGCACCUCUAGAAGGACGUGGUAGGACGCCAUGGCCCAGCCGGCAUCUCUCGACCGAAGCCUCCCAGAUCUGGGUGGCCCCUUUUUAUACCGAGACCAGGAUCAGGAUGGGGAGAACUCCUCUUACUCCCUGGAAACCCCUUAUGGCUUCCUGCUGGAUCUGGACUUCCUCAAAUACGUGGAGGAGAUCGAGCGAGGCCAAACCCUCCGGAAGGUCCCGCUGAGCCGCAGAGCCAAGGGUCCCCGUGGGCAGGCGGGGGGCUGGACCUCCACCGAGUCCCUUUCGUCCGUGACCAGCGAGGAUGGGAAGCCGGCCUUCUCUCCCCGGGACCGGACGGGGACUAGUUCUGGGGAGAUCAAGGAGGCCGCCAGCAAGCAGCAAUUCCUGCCCUCGUCUCCGAGCCCCGUCCUCCUCCAGCUCCUCCCGCCUCCCUCUUCCAAAGCGUUGAUGAGGAACACGAGGGUGGAGAAGACCUUGAAAGAAACCAGCAAGAGGCUGGAACAGCAGGAGGAGCGGAAGGUGGCCACCGGCCCUCCGCCAGCUUCCAUUCCUCUCCUCGGGGAGGACCCGGGGAACACCGAUGGGCCGGUCAAGAGGAGCCCAUCCAAUUCAGGGAACAGCACCCCAGCGACGGCACUCAGCCCUGCACACCUCCAGCACGUCCGCGAGCAGAUGGCGGCCGCCCUCCAGCGGUUGAAGGGGCUGGAAGAGCAGGUGAAAGUGAUCCCGGUUCUGGAGCAGACGAUCUGCCGGUUGAGGAGGGAAAAGGAGGAGCUGACGGCGGGGCGGCGGGAGAAACUGGACCCCUCAGAGGAGGAGGACGCCACCGGUGUCUUCUGUUUCCCGCCGAGGUCUCCCCGCGCGGGCGCCCUUGUCAAGACCGAAGAAGGAUCCCAGGACAGAUGUGACGGCACACCUGCGGAGGAAGGUGAGGCCGAAGGCCCUCCAAAGACGAGGUCUAGCAAAAUCGCCGGUUUGAAGAAGCUGACAGAGAAAUUGUCCGGCUCGGAGAAAGUGGGAAAGGCGGGCCGAGGAGCCUCCGGGCCACCGAAGGCCAGAGAGCCCGCUCGACGGUCCGUCGGCGUCGGGGAGGAGGUGGACAUGAACGAGGCCAUCUUCUACUACCGCUUCCAAAAACCGUGCAGGGAGGUGGCCGUCGGGCGAGAGGCGGAGACCCGGGACGCAGAGGUGUGGGUGAUGGAAUCCCUGCUGGGGGUUUCGCCGGAAGCCGAGGAGGAGCGGGAGCUGCUUCAGCAGACCGUCCGGCACCAGAAGGAGGUCAUCUCCCUGCUGGAGGGCCACCUGAGAGAAGCCACGGAGGAGAUGGAAGAGCUGCGGCAGGAGGUUUGCGCCCGGAGGCCGAAGGAUCUCAUCUGCCGAGAAGCCGAAGCCCGGCCAGAGAUGAGGGAUGCGUCCACGGAAGCCACACUGUGCCAGGCUCUGAACAGCCACGUGGAGACAUCCGACGUGGCCGUCCACUGCGCUCCGCAGGUAGCAUGCGUUGGCGUCGGCUGCCACCGGUGGCGAGAAGGAUGUGGGCAGAAAGCCACCCAGACUGAUCUGGAGAAUGAAAGCCCGGCUUCAGGGGGGGAAGCCAAGGCAGAACCUGGUCAAGAGGUGUCCUUGGGGGUCUCAUCCGGCCCGGGAGAGGCAGUAGCCGGCCCAGGGUCCCGUCCUGAGGAAGGCCAGGGUACCCAACGGGCUGAACGGAUGGAGGUUUCGCAGUCAGAGCUGAACAUCCCGCAACAGAAGCCCGAAACGGGGCCCACGCAGACCCCAGGCGCGGGGGCCCUGAAGUCCAUCAUGAAGAAGCAAGACAGCUCGGCCAAGGGGGAGGCCGGCUCCGGGCGGAAGAUGUUGCAGUUUGUGGGGGUACUGAAUGGCGAGUACGAGAGCACCUCGAGCGAGGAAGAGGAGGAGGCGGUGUCUCCAGAGAAGAUGUCCCCGCUCAGCUCCGACUCAGACAGCGGCUCCAACACUUCGGAAGAGGAUGAUGAUGAUGACCUGGCUGCCAAGCCAGAGCCCAGUGACCUGGAGGCUUCCAUCCUGCGGGUGGUACAGGAAGGGGAAGUGCUCGGCUGCGAUCCAGAGGAAGACAGAGAAGGGAGAGACGAUCCUGGAGUAGUUGCUUCGGAAGUGAAAGAGAGAUUCGAACUCAGUCCCCAGAUGAGAGAGGCUUGUCUUGUCUUGAGGAGCCACCUAGGCCGCGAUGGGGCUGCUGUGAAGAGCAAAGAGGUGCUCUCCAGCACCAGCUUCGUCCUGCAGCACUGGUUCUGCAUCUCCAGCCAGAAGAGAUCGCUGGCCAGCGAGGUGGCUGACCACCUCCAGGCCUUUGCUGAAAUCUCCCCGGCCCUGCUGUCCCACGUGGUCAACCUCUCCGAUGGCAACGGGAACACGGCCCUCCACUACAGCGUCUCCCAUUCCAACUUCGACAUUGUCCGGCUUCUGCUCGACACGGGUGUCUGUAACGUCAACCACCAGAACAAAGCGGGCUACACGGGCCUCAUGCUGGCCGCGCUGGCCGCUGUGGAACAGGAGGAAGACAUGGCUGUCAUCCGGAAGCUCUUCGGCAUGGGGAACGUCAACGCCAAGGCGAGCCAAGCCGGCCAGACAGCGUUGAUGCUGGCUGUCAGCCACGGGCGUCAAGAGAUGGUGGAAGCCCUGCUGGUCAGUGGGGCUGACGUCAACCUUCAAGACGAGGAGGGCUCCACCGCCCUUAUGUGCGCAUGCGAACAUGGGCGGGCGGGCACGGUCCGGCUGCUCCUCUCCCAACAGAACUGUGACGUCUCCACUGUUGAUAAUGACGGGAAUGACGCGGUGUCCAUUGCACUAGAGGCUGGUCAUCCAGACAUCGCGGCCUUGAUAUCCACCCACCUCACACCGCCCGUGACCAGGCCACCCGAGGACAGCAAGAAGCUUCCCUGCAAGAAGAGGCGUCUGUAAAGCUCUGAGCCAGUCAACCCGAUGGGUCCAAGAAGCCGUUCUACUCUAGAGCAAACAUUUUCAUUCCAUUGAGACUUAAAGGGGGGGUUAUUUUUUAUGCUUCCCUGGAAUUUUCCAGUAUUGGCUUAAUUCUUUUUAUUAUUAUUUUACUAACUCUUCACUACUGCUUCCAUGUGGAGGAUCAUGGAGAAACCAAACCCUAGAGACAUGUCUCUCCCCCACCCCUCCUGUUUUCAAGCCCUGGUAAAACCAACUAAGAGUGGAUUCCUUCUUCCACCAGGGCUCUAGUCCUCAGUGAAGUCAACCUGUAAAUGUCACCACUCGGGUGAGAUCAACCAGAUUCCUACUGCAAAGAGAAAGAGGACGGGGCUGUGAAUUCCUUCAUGCCUGCUAGGGUUUUUUUUUUUGUUUUUGUUUU